GGGUGAAAGGGUACUUCUGUACUUUCGCGUGGGCAUCUCUUUCUUUCGCGUUCGGCUUCCUUCCCUGUUUCACGAGAGAAAAAAAUCGUUGGGGAAGAGCAGCGAGAGAUGGCGGCAAGAGGCAGGGGCAGCGAGAGAUUGCGGCGACGGCGAGGGCCUCGAUGUGCAACGGCAGCGGCGCGGCGGCCUCGAUGCGCCUCGAUAUGCGACGGCAGCGGCAUGGCGGCCUCGAUGCGCGAUGGCGGCGGCAGCGGCGGCCUCUCUUUUCCUCCUUUCUGCUGUGAAUUUUGUUGACGGCGGCGGCAACGACGGCCUGUCUCUUCCUCCUUUCUGCUGUGAAUUUUGUUGUUGGAUUUGCUGAACCAAAUGUAAAUGGCUAAAUGGUUGAUUACCAGCUUACUCUUGAAUUGCAAGUUUCGUAUUGAUGAACUAAAAUAACAAGGUUCAGAAAUUGGAUCUGCUGUAAAUAGUAUCGAUUCAUGAGAAAGUCUCGUGUACUUUGAGUUACGCAUUGUUUUUUUCCUCCUGAAUCCUUCCUCUAUUCAUAUUAAAGUUACAAACUCAAAUUGGGAAUCUCCUCCUGGUAUUUCUCUGUUCAGAUUAAAGCAGCAAACUCAAAUUGGGUGCCUCCGAGCAAGGCAGGCUCGAUGCACGAUGGCAGCGGCACGGCGGCCUCGAUGCGCGACGGCAUCAGCAGGCUCGAUGCACGACGGCGGCAACAGCCUCGAUGCGUGACGGCAGCGUGGCGGCCUCGAUGCGCGACGGUGGCGGCGGCGCGGCGGCCUCGAUGCACGACGGCGGCAACAACCUCGAUGCGAGACGGCGGCGCGAUGGCCUCGAUGGGCGACGGCGGCAGAUGGAAGAGAGGAGACCUCAUUUUUGUUAGCCCGAUCAUACCCCUGUUAAACCAACGGUUAGAUUAGAUUGGUACCUCGUGAUACCUCUUUAAGGAUGGGAAAAAUGCUCUAUUAUAAAAGAUGCUUGUUUCAUCUCAAAUCAUAGGUUAAUCAUUGUGUCAUGUACUGCAAGCCUCCAAAUUUGCAAUGCAGCUCCCUUGUCUUAGAAGAGGUCAUGCAUAUGUAAUCUAUACAUGUGUGCCACCAAGAGCUGAUGAGUAGUAGAAAAUUCAUAGAGAAAAAUAAUGAACUUCUGAAGAAACUGCCACCCAAACAAAACAAAGCAGAAGUCUCAACUCUCAAGCCGGCAACGAGCCAACGACCAUCUCAUUGCGGUUGCACCUUCCUCCUCCUCCAAUGAUCCCCCUCUCCCUCCUCGCCGUCGUCCUCGUCUUCGGCAUCGCCGGCGCCGCCGAUGGCCUUUCAGGGUACCAGAUAAGUUGCGGUGCGACGUCGGAGAAGGUGGUCGGCGACGUGACAUGGGUUCCCGACGGCCGGUUCGUCAGCGUCGGCAACGUCUCCGACGUGCGGUCGCCGGGGGUGCUGCCGGUGCUCUCCUCGCUCCGGUACUUCCCCGACACGUCGGCGAGGAAGUACUGCUACGUGGUGCCCGCGGAGAGGAAGAGGAAGUACCUCGUCCGUACGACGUACUUCUACGGCGGGUUCGACGGCGGCAGCGCGCCGCCGGUGUUCGACCAGAUCAUCGAGGGCACGCGGUGGAGCGAGGUGGACACGGCGGGGGACUACGCCAGGGGCCUCGCCACGUACUAUGAGGCCGUCGUGCUCGCCACCGAGAAGGAGGUCAGCGUGUGCCUCGCCAGGAACGCCGCCACCAAGUCCAGCCCCUUCAUCUCCGCGCUUGAGGUGUCGCCAUUGGAGGACUCGGUGUACAACUCCACCGACUUCGAGUCCUACGCUCUCAGCACCAUUGCGCGCCACAGCUUCGGCCACGACGGCUCAGCGGCCGUCAGCUAUCCAGGCGAUCGUUUCAACCGGUUCUGGGAGGCGCACAGCGACGGGAUGCCGGUGGUGGAGAGCCAGGCGAGCGUGUCGCAGGCGGCGUUCUGGAACAAGCCACCGGAGGACGUGUUCCGCCGAGGCGUCACGACGGCCGGCGGCCGCGGCGAGAGCCUGGAGCUCCAGUGGCCGCCGGCGCCGCUCCCCGCCGCGAGCUACUACCUGGCGCUCUACUUCCAGGACAACCGCGCGCCGGGCCCGCUCAGCUGGAGAGUGUUCGACGUCGCCGUCAACGGCGAGACGUUCUUCGCCGGCCUGAACGUGUCGACGGCCGGGUCGAUGCUCUACGGCGACAAGUGGCCGCUCUCCGGGCGGACAAAGAUCACGCUGACGCCUGCGCCAGGCUCGCCGGUCGGGCCGGUGAUCAACGCCGCCGAGCUGAUGAUGGUUGUGCCACUCGGAGGGAGGACACAUCCCAGAGAUGUGAUCGGCAUGCAGGCGCUAGCCAGAGGUUUCGACAACCCACCGGCUGACUGGGCCGGCGAUCCAUGUUUGCCUCAGGGGAACUCAUGGACUGGUGUCACCUGCACCCAAGAACCACUUGCUCGAGUGGUUUCUCUGAAUCUCACGAAUUUUAAAGUUGGGGGAUCAAUAUCUGACGGCAUUGCCAACCUGACAGCGAUCUCAAGCAUUUGGCUUGUGGGAAACAAUCUGACCGGACCAAUUCCAGAUAUGAGCCUCCUACAUCAUUUGGUUUCUCUGCAUCUGGAGAACAACCGACUGACAGGGCAGAUUCCUCCAUCUCUAGGGAGCAUGCCAAGGCUUCGUGAAUUGUUUGUGCAGAACAAUGCACUGCAAGGGGCGAUUCCGAUCAGCUUCAAGAACAAAACGGGCUUCAUGUUCCAAUAUGCACCUGGGAAUAACCUUAGCUAACACAAAUUCAACGAGUAUAAGCUUGUUCAGGUUGAGAUCAUCCGGUGUUCAUGAGAUGAAGAAAAGAGACAUUAACCGUUGACGACACGCUGGAACACAUUAAUUAAACACCAUUUUUUCCCUUUUAUUUUGUUUCUUUUUGCCGUUCGAUUCUAUCCGUAUUUUUGUUCCUCCUUUCCUUUCUUUUUGGCAAACAUGAGGUGAUCCUGAAUGUAUUUAACCCUGCAACUGUGUGGUACCUGAUUCAAUUUAUUUGUAUGUAUAUUUUUAAUUACUACUACCUUCAUUGUCAAA